AUGGCGGAGAGCUUUAAACUUCAACGAUCUUCGGAUGUCUGCACUAUUCGAGAAGCCUUCGACGUUGGAAUAUUCGGACAGUCCCGAAAAGUACCGUAG